AUGGGCAACGAAGGAGAAAGUAAGCAGGUGUUGUUAUCUCGGAUCCGAUUGUUGCAAGGCAUGUCCUCCGAGAAAACGUUUCCUCAUGACAAGUUACCAUCAAGUAACUUCCUUUGUGUUUCUUUAGUAAUUCUUGCUGAGAUCUUAGAGCUGGUUAUGGGGAAAGUGUUGGUACCAGUAGACCUUGGAUACUUGCAAGUUAAGAAGAAGAGGUAA